AUGUCGGACCACGUGCAGUGGUUCCGUUUCCAGAACCUGCAGGACGACUUCAUCAAGUACUAUCGAGCGAGCGAUAAGCACCGCAUCGACGAGAUUAGGCUGAGUCGUCUGAGCAUCCUGUACGGGGCCGCCACGCUCAACCGGCGCAUCGAGCACAUCUUCAAGGAUGAGGAGACUAAGGGCAUGGUCAUUUGCGCCCAUCUGAAGCACUCGAAGGUGCAUGACUUUUACAUCAUUGCCGCGUGCCUCAUAUACGGUUACACGCUGCUGCACACGAACUGGCAUGCCGACAAUGAGUACACGCUGUUGUACAAGCUGCGGUCCACCAACUGCCGCCUGGUCAUCGUGGACGACGAGAUCGAGACGGAGAGCAUGAUCCCCGACGUGAAGUACCUGCGCAUGUCGGACGUGUACGCCGAGUCGAUUUACAAGAAGAGCCUCACGUUGCGCAACUACCUGUCGCUCGUGGAGUCCUCGAGCAAGGAUGGGUCCGGCCACCGCAUGCAGGAGAUGUUGUCCGACCAGUCGAAGCACGUCGGGAACGCGGACCCGAACGCUGUGAUGAUGAUCACGUUCAGCAACAGCGGCAUAUCCGGGAUCCCGCGUGCGCGCAGGGUGACGUACGGCGAGAUGGCGGGGCACUUCAAGGCGUUGGAGGCCAUGGGCGCCUGGCGCCCCUCGGACGUGUUGGUGGUGUUCAUGACCAACCCUACCUACGACUUCUUCACGAACAUCGUGCUGUACUACUGCAUGAGCCGCGGGAACGUGCACGUCCACUUCCUGCAGCGCUACAUGUCCACGUACUGGAAGAUACUGUGGGAGUCUAACGAGCACGCCAAGAACGUGUUCGCGCAGCUGGGCAAAAACUACAAGAUCCUCAGCUUCCUGUUCCCCCGUCAGUUGGAAGCGUUGUUAACGCUAGAUGAAGUUGCGCAAGAGUGCAAGUUGUUCGAUGCGGGGAACGCCGUGAUCGGUUCGCCGCUCCUGCCCAGACCCUCCAUCAGCUUGGAGCAGGCGGGCACGGACGACUUCCAAGAUUUGCCCAAGGUCGCCUUUUCAAAGCAGCAUACUGCUGUUUCGGAGGCCGCCGAGGAACCUCCCGUCACAUCCCCCAAAUCGGCCACUCCCUCCGACCCCGGGCAUCCGCUUGUGUCGUACGGCUCAGGCGCGAUGGCCCUGGCGCGGUCCAGCAUCAGCAAGGUGUCGAAGUACAUCUUUGGCAAGCGCAUGCCGUCCAAGUCGGACCCUGAGAGCAGGGAGGGUGGCGCCGAGGGUGCUUCAGGCGCCGAUGAGGACGCCGGGGAGGGCCCCCGCGUUGCUAAGCCAAACUCGACGGACGAUUGCGAGCGACCGAACAGCGGCCGUGGCAACGGAAAGCCGCGCCAUAUCAGCCUCUACAUCCCCAAGUUGCACUUGAAGUUCAGCGAACUUCGCAACGUGCUCUGCGACAAGAACGUCCUGUUCUUGCUAACUGGCACUCACGCCAAUUACGAUUUGUGCCGCCUCUUUGCGUGCCUCACCGGAGGCAAGAAACCUAUAAUGAAGUACGGCUGCAGCGAGAUCUCCCCAACGUUAACGCUGAUCCCGCCGGCAUUGGAGCAGCAACGUCUGAUGGAAUUGUACCAUAUCGGUUUGAACAACAAAUUCAGGGACAAGCACGUGAUUGGGCAGUACAUCGGCACUGCCGUGGACGCCGAUCGCGGCCUGUCUGUGGUGAGGUCCGUGGACAGCGUGGACCUGAACUUUAUGAUCCCUUGCGUGCCGUAUGAGCCCGGUUACUUCGUUUGCCGCGAAGACGACUACACCAAGCUGCUGCUCCCCCGGGAGCUGCACGGCAGUAUCAUGGAGGACGGCACGUAUCUGGGCCUGGGCGACGUCGGGUUUUACGUGGACAUGUUCGGGUACCGGCACUUUUACUGGUCGCACAAGGUGGACCACUCCAUCCCCCGCGGCGUGGCCUACCCGUACUUCGACAUGCUCGCCCUGAACCAGGUGAUGCAGCAGGCCAUCUGCGCGCGGUACGACCUGACCGAGCCCGUGGUACGCGUCGAAACGAUGUGGAUGCCUCAGCCCAGGGGCGGCAGCAAGAUCGUGUGCGCCGUGGAGCUCAUCACUGCCCUGCGCAGCGAGAUUGCGGAGGACAUCACGUCGACGUUUUUGGACAUGUGCAAAUCCGCCGGCGUCUUCACGAGCUGCCCCGUGCCGGACGAGAUCCGGGUCGUUUCGAUCCCUUGGGCCUACAAGGGCUCGGUGAACUACCCUGUGCUACGGGUCCGCACCGAUAGCAUGUCGCCAGUGCUGUUCGCGCUCGACGGCUCCAGGGACCUGGCGGUGGUGAUCCGCGCCACCCGCUUCUAUCGCAACGACGUCGUGCUGUACCAGCACCCCAACGACGGCACCGAGCUCUUCGGCCGCCUGGUGGAGAUAAACGCCAGCGAGGCCCCCAGCCACAAAAAGCGCCGCGUGCCGUGCGGCCACUGCUGGGUUGAGAACGACAACCCGCGCUCGGACGAGCCGGACAGCAACGAGUUCGGAGCGGUGAGUGUUAGCUGUACAGUGCGGUGA